AUGCUCGUCGCUGGAACGUGCUCUGCCUGCGAGAGAGGCAUCCGCUCCGUGUCUGUAUGCAUGACAGCGCUGCAGAGCCGAAGCACAGCCACAGCCAGAUCCACCUCCCAGAGAGAGGGAGGGGAGACCGACAGACAGACCUGUGGCGAUCAGCUGGCUGGAUGCGUGUUAUUCGUGCAGUUGUGUCCUUACCACCUCCAUGAAAGGUAUGGCUGUAACCUUGCGAUUGACGCACACAUUUACACACACUUGACACGCAGCCUAUGUACAUACACCAGUGAGCUAUAGUAUGGUAUAUUUGUAGAGCGUAAUAAUGUAUUACAUUGUAUAAUGGAGUCUGAAGCUAAAUAAUUCCUCUGCGAUGUGGAGCCUGGUUAGUCUGCACUAGCAGCAAUCUGUAUUCUGGAUGAGAUGAGUCAUAAUGUCUAAACCUCGAUUGGCGGGAUUAUUUUUCUCUCCUAGAACAUUCGCUUCAACAUUAGGAAUGCAUGGUUUACAAUGAAUUAUUUGUAGCAUAUUGUAAAUUGUUUGUGAUAAUAGCUCUACAGGUUAAAUCGCGCAUUUUACGCGAAGAUAUUUCAAAGUCACCAAAGGACAUAUUGUGACAUGCCAGUGCCCUUCAAAAAUAUUGAAUGUGCAGAUUAUACUGUAUUUCUCAAAAUAUGUCAUAGGUUAGAUAAUUUAAAUAAUAUGAUCUCUAGGUGAUAAGAUUACAUUGGUGACAUAUUUUUAUAACCUGAUAGCAACCUAUAGCCUACUAUACUAAUUUACUAUCAUGUUGUAGUAGGUAAUCUAGUAGGUUAAUAUUAUUUGAAUAUGAAUUAGACAUAUUUUUUGGCUGGUUUGACAUACAGUACAUCACCCACAUAUAUUAGAUUCCACCCUGAUUUAUCUAAUCGAUUUGAUUUAUUCUACAAAUUGCAGGCAGUUAGAUCAUUUAAUAUAAACCAAUGAAGGUCCCCCAGCUUUGCAUCAUCAUAAUGUGUUCCCAGUAUUAAAACAUCCAGACCACCAAAGGAGCAAUCAGCAUCCCAAACUAAUAAAGCUCUGCAAUGAAUGUCUCCAGUGUGACUGUGCUUGGCCUAACAAGCUGUUGCUGCAUCCUGCCAAGUAAAAAGGAGGAAUGCCUUCUUGAAAAAUAGGCUAGGGAACCAGGCAGCUGGGUGGAUAGAUGUUACCAAGGGUACUUACUCUGUUCUGGUCAGAGAGCAAGCAAACCGCAGUUCACACAUUUGGAGGCAAUGUACUACAGUGUGAAUGUUCAGUGUAUUUUUAUUCUUAUAAUGUAAAGUUAUAGCCAGACACCAUCUGUCUUUAUGCUCAAAUCAAGUACUGUACAUAACUAACUAACCAUAUUCCACCAUCCUAGAACCUGAGACGUCCUCCUAGAGGACAGGAGAGGUCUGGAGCCUGAGGAUGGACACCAUCUCCAUGCUGGGCAGUGGCUGCAGCAGCCCGGCUUACACCCACACAGCCCACCCCACCACCCCCUCCCUGUUCCUCCCCAACGGGGUGAUGAAGAACGGCCCCAGGGACCCUCCUCCCCAUGGCCCCCUCCCCAAGCCUGUUGUGGCCAUCCUGGGCUCAGGUGACUUCUCCAAGUGCCUGACCAUCCGUCUGCUCCGCUGUGGCUUCCACGUGGUGGUGGGGAGCCGCCAACCCAAACGGGCCGCUGAGUUCUUCCCUCAUGUUGUUGAUGUGACCCACCAUGAAGACGCUGUGGGUAAAGCUGCAGUGGUUUUCCUCGCUAUCCGCAGGGAGCAUUAUUCUGUUCUCUGGGACCUCAAACAUCUGCUGGCAGGGAAGGUGUGUAUGUGUGUGUGUGUGUGUGUGUUGGGGGAUUGAGUUGUUUUUUUCCUCAUCAAUCUACACACAGUGCUCCAUAAUGACAAAGCAAAAACAGGUUUUUAGACAUUUUUACAAAUGUAUAAAAAAAAAAAAGAACGGAAAUAUCACAUUUACAUAAGUUUUCCAUUCUUCUUCUUCUUCUUCUUCUUCUUCUUCUAAGGUUCUGGUGGACGUGAGCAACAACCGCCGUGUGAACCAGUACCCUGAGUCCAACGCUGAGUACCUGGCCUCCCUGCUCCCAGACUCUACAGUGGUGAAGGGCUUUAAUGUCAUAUCAGCCUGGGCUAUGCAGUCUGGACCCAAAGAUGCCAGCAGGCAGGUAAGAUGGAAGAAGAGGACUGUGUCCCAAAUGGCUCCCUGUGUCCCAAAUGGCACCCUGCGUCACAAAGGGCUCUGCUCAAAAGUAGUAAACUAUUUAGGGAAUAGGGUGCCAUUUGGGACACACCAAGGUUUAUUUCAGGAUUUACUUAUUCAGAAUUAAUUCAGGAUCAAACACUCUUAAACCCGGUCCCACUGUUUAACUCAUUGCACAGUUAGUCAUUCGUUUUUUACUUAAAAAUAUUGUAUUGCAUAAACCACGCAAAGCGACAUGACUAAAUGAGUCUUUUAACAUAAAUAGAAUGUCUCCCCUGAUACAGACUUGUUGCAGGUAACAAACCACUCAGUCUAUUAAAGUGAGUCCCAGAGCUGAAUCUGCUGAAAUAACAGUGUUGGCAGCCAAGGCAGUAUAGAUGUUGACCUGUUCGUCUAGCAUGGUUCCAGAUCUGUUUCUGCUGUGGUGCCGAACUGGCAAGACAGCACAAACAGAUCUGGAACCAUGUUAGGCAACAAAAUGUCUACAGAGAAAUUAAAUGGCAGCAUCAGACUCUGACCUCGACAACUUAUUGUUAAAACGAGAGGCUGCCUGGAUCUUUAAUUUAAAGACCCUUGCUCCCUUCGGUCUCAACGUAGACUUUGAUUUGAAGCCAUUCUUGUGAUUAUUGUGAUUUUGCUAUUCAUUGUAAAUGUUUGUGGGCCUAUGUAGCCAAGUUGAAUCUAUGAUCGUAUGCUAUCUAUACAUGUUUUUUGUAUAUUCUGUUUAUCUGUGAAUUAACCAAUGAUAUCUGGCUACACCCAGCCAUGAUUACAGACACCUGUGUGUGUCCUUUGACACUAUAUAAACUAGUGACCCGCAGUGUUUGUCAUUAUACCCUGAUGAAGAUAGCUUGUCUGUCAAAACGUUGGCUAUUAGUUUAUUAAAUUAUUGCAUCUGAGCCCCUAGAGUGUGACUCUCCUUUUCUUUUUCAACAGACUCCUGUUGCAGCAUCAGACUGCAACAGGAUCAGCUGAAUGGCUGCUGAUAGCCUCAAGCAUCCAUAAAAUAACCUCUAAGCAUCCAUUGUCCUAACACUCGUUUGUUGUGCUCUUUUGGGCAGCAACUCCCUCCCUCUGCAUCAUUCUCAGUUGUUCAAUGUCAGUUGUUACAAACCAUUGUUGUUGACACAAUCUGAUUGACUGACCUUUCAAAGAGGUGCACUGACAUUCUCCUCAAUACAGACCCACCCCCUACGGCAUGAUGAUGUCAUAUGCGGGGAACAUGAUUAUGACAUAUCGCAUCUCAGGAUAAAGUCACUGCACCCUCAUCUUUAUUCCUAUGAUAUCUCACUAGAAGGAGUGUAAGGCAAACUACUGAGCUGGUUAAAGCAUUAACAGUCCGGUCUGUGCUUGCCUGGGGGACUAAUUCCUCCAAAUAUUAUGCAAGGAUUAUAGUGAGACACUACAGCUGAGAAGAACGUUUUACGCUGCCAGCCUUCUUCAAAUAAAACCAUUCUGGUCACACACACACACACAGUAAAUUCUAUUAACACAAUUGGGACAAUGAAAAAACAAGCUCGAUAUUAUGAACCAGGGAAUCAGAUUGUGUUUGUGUCAGUCACAAGGGAUAGAAUCAACCACAUCCAUGUUUUCCUUUUACAUUAUUAUGUCUGCCAAUUAUUUGUUAUUUCAUGCCUAUGGCAGUGUAAAAAAAGCCUUUAUAAAGGAGUGUUUGAUUGAUAAGAUAAGACUUCAUCGAGGCUGUUUAAAAAAAAAGUACUCUACACAUUACAACAUCACAUUCACAAUACAUACAUUGCACAUUGACCGUGUCAACAUAGAUUGAUUGACUGACUGAUUGACUACCUUGAUUUAUUAUUGUUUGAUUACCCAUUCCUCUAGGUGUACAUCUGCAGUAACUCUGUGGAGGGCAGACAGCAGAUCAUGGAGCUGACCAGACAGCUCAACUUCACCCCAGUGGACAUGGGAGCCCUCUCCUCCUCCAGAGAGAUUGAGAACAUGCCCCUGCGCCUCUUCCCUGACUGGAAAGGCCCCGUGCUAGCCACUGUGGCUCUCUCCAUCUUCUUCUUCGCCUAUUCAUUCGUCCGGGACAUCAUCCACCCGUAUGUGAAGAGCAAACAGAGUGACUUCUAUAAGAUCCCUAUAGAGAUGGUGAAUAGGACUCUGCCCACGGUGGCCAUAACACUACUCGCUCUAGUCUACCUGGCGGGCCAGCUAGCCGCGGUCCACCAGCUGUACUAUAGGACUAAGUACAGGAGGUUCCCUCACUGGCUGGAGGGCUGGCUACAGAGCAGGAAACAGCUGGGGCUGCUGAGCUUCUUCCUAGGCUGUGUCCACGUUCUCUACAGCCUCUGUCUACCCAUGAGGAGAUCAGAGAGAUACCUGCUCCUCAACAUGGCCUACCAACAGGUGGGUGAUGGACAGAGGAAGGGAGGGAGGAAGGGAGAGAGAGAGAAAGGGAGGGGGGAAGGGGAGAGGGAGGGUGUGUGUGUAUCAAAUCAAAUCAAAUCUUAUUGGUCGCAUACACAUAUUUAGCAGAUGUUAUUGCGGGUGUAGUGAAAUGCUUGUGUUCCUAGCUCCAACAGUGCAGUAAUAUCUAACAAUACACAACAAUACACACAAAUCUAAAAGUAAAAUAAUAGAAUUAAGAAAUAUAUAAAUAUUAGGAUACGCAAUGUCAGAGUCCGGAGUAUAAAUAUAUAUAUAUACUGUAUGUGUUUGUGUCAAGUCAAAGACUCCCUUCAUAAAUGCUGUUGUUUAUGUAAUAGAGGUCUGUAGAUGUUUUAUCAGAUUUAAGUUCACUUUGGAAUUGUGAAUCAGCAACAGUGCAGCAACACUGUAACUGUUAUGCAGUUAUAUUCUCCUCUAUAAUUCUAGUCUUGAGAGUGACCUACAUUGAAGUGAUUGGAUGUUUGGCCUCAGAGUGACUCAUCUAUUUGUGCUGUGGCUCCUGAGGCAUGGCCAUAAACAACACUUACGACAGCCAGCCAGCUAGCUGCACUGGGAAGAGCACAGAGGGACAAACAACAUGCACAUACUGUAGAUCAUUCGGUUGCCAUAUAGUACACAACUUCUUCUUCACAAACUAAUUGUAAUGCAUCUUUUCCUGAUGGUGUUCAUAUAAAUGAACCUAUAAGCUAUGUUCUCAUUCAAAUUGGGUAUUGUGAACAACAUACAUAAAAUCAAAUCAAAUCAACAUUUAUUUGCCACAUGCGCCGAAUACAACAGGUGUAGACCUUACAGUGAAACGCUUACUUACAAGCCCUUAACCAACAAUGCAGUUUAAAGAAAAAAAGCGUUAAGUAAAAAAUAGGUAACUAAAAACUAAAACUAACAAAUAAUUAAAGAGUAGUAGUAAAACAGCAAGGCUAUAUAUAGGGGGUACCGGUACAGAGUCAAUGUGCGGGGGCACAGGUUAAUCGAGGUAAUUCGUACAUUUACAUUUUAGUCAUUUAGCAGAUGCUCUUAUCCAGAGCGACUUACAUUAUCUUUUUUUUUUUUCAUACUGGCCCCCCGUGGUAAUCGAACCCACAACCCUGGCGUUGCAAACGCCAUGCUCUACAUCCCUGCCGGCCAUUCCCUCCCCUACCCUGGACCAAUUGUGCGCCGCCCCAUGGGUCUCCCGGUCGCGGCUGGCUACGACAGAGCCUGGAUUCGAACCAGGAUCUCUAGUGGCACAGCUAGCGCCUUAGACCACUGCGCCACUCGGGAGAGUAGAUGGUAGGUAGAGUUAAAGUGACUAUCCAUACAUAAUAAACAGAGAGUAGCAGCAGCGUAAAAGGGGGGGGGGGGGGGGGGGGGAACAAUGCAAAUAGUCCGGGUAGCCACUUUAUUAGCUGUUCAGGAAUCUUAUCGCUUGGGGGUAGAAGCUGUUAAGAAGCCUUUUGGACCUAGACUUGGUGCUCCGGUACAGCUUGCCGUGCGGUAACAGAGAGAACAGUCUAUGACUAGGGUGGCUGGAGUCUUUGAUAAUUUUUAGGGCCUUCCUCUGACACCACCUGGUAUAGAGGUCCUGGAUGGCAGGUGCCUUGUGGUCGGAGGCCGAGCAGUUGCCAUACCAGGCAGUGAUGCAACCAGUCAGGAUGCUCUCGAUGGUGCAGCUGUAUAACUUUUUGAUGAUCUGAGGACCCAUGCCAAAUCCUUUCAGUCUCCUGAGGAGGAAUAGGCUUUGUCGUGCCCUCUUCACGACUGUCUUGGUGUGUUUGGACCAUGAUUGUUUGUUGGUGAUGUGGACACCAAGGAACUUGAAGCUCUCAACCUGCUCCACUACAGCCCCGUCAAUGAGAAUGGGGGCGUGCUCGGUCCUCUUCUUUUUCCUGUAGUCCACAAUCAUCUCCUUUGUCUUGAUCACGUUGAGGGAGAGGUUGUUAUCCUGGCACCACACGGCCAGAUCUCUGACCUCCUCCCUAUAGGCUGUCUCAUCGUUGUCGGUGAUCAGGCCUACCACUGUUGUGUCGUCGGCAAACUUAAUGAUGGUGUUGGAGUCGUGCCUGGCCAUGCAGUCAUGGGUGAACAGGGAGUACAGGAGGGGACUGAGCACGCACCCCUGAGGGGCCCCCGUGUUGAGGAUCAGCGUGGCAGAUGUGUUGUUACCUACCCUUACCACCUGGGGGCGGCCGUCAGGAAGUCCAGGAUCCAGUUGCAGAAGGAGGUGUUUAGUCCCAGGGUCCUUAGCUUAGUGAUGAGCUUUGAGGGCACUAUGGUGUUGAAUGCUGAGAUAUAGUCAAUGAAUAGCAUUCUCACAUAGGUGUUCCUUUUUUCCAGGUGAGAAAGGGCAGUGUGGAGUGCAAUAGCGAUUGCAUAAUCUGUGGAUCUGUUGGGGCGGUAUGCAAAUUGGAGUGGGUCUAGGGUUUCUGGGAUAAUGGUGUUAAUGUGAGCUAUGACCAGCCUUUCAAAGCACGUCAUGGCUACAGACGUGAGUAUUACGGUUCGGUAGUCAUUUAGGCAGGUUACCUUAGUGUUCUUGGGCACAGGGACUAUGGUGGUCUGCUAGAAACAUGUUGCUUGCCUUGAAGCGAGCAUAGAAGUAAUUUAGCUCGUCUGGUAGGCUUGUGUCACUGGGCAGCUUGCGGCUGUGCUUCCCUUUGUAGUCUAUAAUAGUUUGCAAGCCCUGACACAUCCGACGAGCGUCGGAGCUGGUGUAGUACGAUUCAAUCUUAGUCCUGUAUUGACGCUUUGCCUGAUGAUGGUUUGUCGGAGGGCAUAGCGGGAUUUCUUAUAAGUGUCCGGGUUAGAGUCCCGCUCCUUGAAAUUGGCAGCUCUACCCUUAAACUCAGUGCGGAUAUUGCCCGUAAUCCAUGGCUUCUGGUUGGGGUAUGUACGUACGGUCACUGUGGAGAUGACGUCAUCGAUGCACUUAACUGAUGUGGUGUACUCCUCAAUGCCAUCGGAAGAAUCCCGGAACAUAUUCCAGUCUGUGCUAGCAAAACAGUCCCGUAGCUUAGCAUCUGCGUCAUCUUAGUUUUUGUUUGUAAGCAGGAAUCAGGAGGAUAGAGUUAUGGUCAGAUUUGCCAAAUGGAGGGCGAGGGAGAGCUUUGUACGUGUCUCUGUGUGUGGAGUAAAGGUGGUCUAGAGUUUUUUUUCCCUCUGGUUGCACAUUUAACAUGCUGGUAGAAAUUAGAUAAAACGGAUUUAAGUUUCCCUGCAUUAAAGUCCCCGGCCACUAGGAGCGCUGCAUCUGAAUGAGCGUUUUCCUUUUUGCUUAUGGCCCUAUACAGCUCGUUAAGUGAGGUCUUAGCGCCAGCAUCGGUUUGUGGUGGUAAAUAGACAGCUGCGAAAAAUAUAGAUGAAAACUCUCUUGGUAAAUAGUGUGGUCUACAGCUUAUCAUGAGAUACUCUACCUCAGGCGAGCAAAACCUUGCGACUUCCUUAAUAUUAGAUUUCGUGCACCAGCUGUUGUUUACAAAUAUACACAGACCGCCACCCCUUGUCUUACCGGAGGCAGGUGUUCUAUCUUGCCGAUGCAGCGUAUAUCAAUGUAGCCACGACUUUGUGAAACAUAAGAUAUUACAGUUUUGAAUGUCCCGUUGGUAGGAUAUCCGUGAUCGUAGUUUGUCUAUUUUGUUAUCCAAUGAUUGUACGUUGGCUAAUAGGACUGAUGGUAGAGGCAGAUUACCCACUCGCCGUCGGAUCCUUACAAGGCACCCCGACCUACGUCCCCGAUAUCCCGAAUGACGGGGAUUUGGGCCUUGUCGGGUGUCUGAAGAAAAUCCUUUGUGUCCGACUCGUUAAAGAAAAAAUCUUUGUCCAGUACGAGGUGAGUAAUCGCUGUCCUGAUAUCCAGAAACUCUUUUCGAUCAUAAGAGAUGGUGGCAGAAACAUUAUGUACAAAAUAAGUUACAAAUAAUGCGAAAAAACACCCACAAUAGCACAAUUGGUUAGGAGCCCGUAAAACGGCAGCCAUCUCCUCCGCCGCCAUUCUUUCAUUACAUAUUGCAGUAUAUGUAACAUUUCCAAAAUGUACCUGCAACAUUUAUCCACUGAUCUGUGUGGCGUACUGUAGGGCGGUAUAUCUGCAUCUCCACCAGUUUAACCUCAGUUUCUUCAUUCACGUCCUCCUCUGACCUUCAUCUGUCUCUUACUGAACCCCCUCCCAGCAUCCUUCACUCUCACACACAGAAACCCUUCUAGAUGUGUGUGUGUGUGUCUGUGUGUCUGUCGAUCCAGGCCACAGCAUCAGCUGCGCUCUCAAGCACAUCUCUCGCUGUGUGUUGCUUCUCAAACACACCUCUAGCUGUGUGUGUGUGUGUGUGUGUGUGUGUGUGUGUGUGUGUGUGUGUGUGUGUGUGUGUGAAUCCAGGUCACCCACCCUGUCAGCCUGUCCUCUAUUUCAGGCCUGUUAGCCCCAUAUGGCCUCUGAGGUGCUCCUGCAGUUGUAUUGAUAUUUCUUGAUGUGCCGCAUGCUGUUCUAUUUUAUUUAUACACACACACAACUGACUCAGCCAGUGGACUGUAGGUACUGUAGAGGCUUUUGUUAAUCAAUUAACACUGCCAAAUUUAGACUGAAAACUAGGUCUUCCUAAUUUAGAUAAAUCAGGCAGUGGCAUUUUUGGGGGGAUGAUAUUUAACCUUUGUGAUUUAUGAGUUAUGUCUGUGUAAUUUUCUGCUCAGGUGUGCAUGUAUGUGUGUGUGUGUGUGCGUGCGUGUGGUUGCUGAGGGCGGGAGUGACCGUUUAUUUCAUGUUAAAUGGGUGUUUAUUUGUGAAUACACUAUGCUUGUGUGUCUUUUUUGUAUUGAUAUAUGUGUGUACUGCAUGCAUGUGUGUUUGUGUUCUCCUCUCUGCAGGUCCAUGCUAACGUGGAGAACUCGUGGAAUGAGGAGGAGGUGUGGAGAGUAGAGAUGUACCUGUCCUUUGGUAUCAUGAGCCUGGGACUCCUUUCUCUCCUGGCCGUCACCUCCAUUCCUUCUGUCAACAGCGCUCUCAACUGGAGGGAGUUCAGCUUUAUUCAGGUACUCAGACAGACACUUUUGAUGAUGAUAAUGAUGGUGAUGAUGAGGAGGAGGAGGAAGAUUAUGACGAUGAAGAUGGUGACGGGAUGAUGGUGAUGCCGAGGAUGAUGAACAUUCUUAUGGAAAGGCCUCUGAUCAAUAAUACUGACUAAGAAAUAAUAACAAGCUGUCAACUCUGGGUCAAACAGUUUGUUUUCUGAGUAGUCUUCUUCAUGUUGUUUGUAAUCAUGUUCUUACUGUUUCUCUCUCUCUUCUUUCUCUCUCUCUCUCUCUCUCUCUCUCUCUCUCUCUCUCUCUCUCUCUCUCUCUCUCUCUCUCUCUCUCUCUCUCUCUCUCUCUCUCUCUCUCUCUCUCUCUCUCUCUCUCCCCUAGUCGACGCUGGGCUACAUCGCUCUGCUCAUCGCUACGUUCCAUGCUCUGCUGUUUGGCUGGAAGCGGGCCUUUGAGGAGGAUGCUUACCGUUUCUACCUGCCUCCUAACUUCGUGGUGGCCCUGGCCCUGCCCAUGUGUGUCAUCCUGGGGAAGGUGUUCCUGCUGAUCCCCUGUGUGGGACGGAGGCUCCACAGGAUCAAACGGGGAGCUGAGAGCAGCCAGUACCGCCAGGACCCUGUUGGGGCAGCAGCACACGUCUCACCAGAGAGGGUCACUAUCAUGUGA